CCCCCACCCCGGUCUCUGGCCUCCCCCGCCCGUCGUCCUGGGCCGCCCCACGGGCGCGGAUCCGUCACCUGCCCGCUCCGCUCCUGCUUCGUCCAUGAAUCUGGCAGAGGGGCGGGAAUAACUCGGGUACCUGUAGGCUGAGAAGAUGGACAAGGUCACACCCAAGAACCCCCAUGGUUCCAGCCCGCCGUUGGUGUUGGUGACUGGGUUUGGACCUUUCCGAAGAUACCUCAGUAAUCCCAGCUGGGUGGCUGUUCAGGAACUGAGGGCAUUGGGUCUGGGAGAGAACAUCCGAAUGCACAUUGCCCUGCUGCCUGUGCACUACCAGAGGUCCCGAGAGCUGGUGGUCAGGAUGUGGGAAAUGUUUCGGCCACAGCUGGCAGUCCACAUUGGGGUAGCAACAGCAGCGAAGACCGUCAUUCUCGAACAAUGCGCCAAAAAUCAUGGAUACAAAGAGGGCGACAUUUGUGGCCUCACUCCGGAGGGGAACUGCUGCAUCGAGGGAGGGCCGGAGAAGAUCGAGUCACUUGUCAACAUGAGGGCAAUCUACAAAAAAUUCCGCUCGACAGAUAUCGCAGUCCUCCAUUCCAGAGAUGCAGGGAGGUUCCUGUGUGACUUUGUCUACUACCUUUCUCUGCACCAUGGCAACAGAAGGGCCUGCUUCAUUCACAUCCCUGCACUGAGCUCGGACUCGGAAGCCAAGACCCUGGGCAAGGUCCUGCAGCUGAUCGUACGGGAGAUGCUCCAACAGCUGGAGACAGAUGUCCACUAACGGCAGCUUUGCAGAGCGCCGUGAGGAGUGUCUACAGAGAGAGAAAGAAAGGCAGACUCGCAUUUCUGUAGCACCUUCCACCUCCCUUUCCAGUUAUCCCCACAGCCAGUGAAGUAUCAUUAAAGCUGACAACUGUCCAAAGUUAAAAAUUCAAAGUAAAUUUAUUAUCAAAGUACAUAUAUGUCACCAUAUACAACCUCGAGAUUCAUUAC